CUUUUUCGCUCUCCUCCCUCUCGCCUCUCCUCUCUCCUGUGCUCUCUCAGUCAAGCCUGCUCUGUGAGCACUUAGAUGGAAUAGCAGCAUUUUUUACUCUAUGGUGUCACUGAAGGAAACUGCAAACAAGGUGUUUUUUUUAAAAGGGGGUUUAAGAAGAUCCAGAUCUGGUUUUGCUACCUUUUUUUUUUACUCAAGUCGGACCAGCACUGGAGGGAAGCUCCUGAGAGGACAGCGGUGACUGGUCGGGGUUCCUGAGCGGUGCAGUCAUGGGCAGGCCGGAGGGGUUGGCCAGGCCACCUCUGGUGUCCGCUAUGGCGCUCUCCCUCCUGGCUCUCUCUCUCCUCUCCAGCGUGGUCUCCAGCCUGCAACAACCCCUGCCGAGAGUCUUCCUUUCCUUUGAGGACCUGCAGGCCUCCCAGUCCUUUGAGCAUUACAGUAUAUCAGACAAAGCGAUGGACUACAGGAUCCUGCAGAUGGACGAAGACCAGGACAGGAUGUAUGUGGGCUGCAAAGACCAUGUCCUCUCUAUGGACAUCAACAACAUCACACAUGGCACGCUUAAGGUGUUUUGGCCUGCGUCUAUAAGCAAGAUAGAGGAAUGCCAAAUGGCGGGAAAGGAUCCUACGCACGGCUGUGGGAACUUCAUCCGGGUGGUGCAGCCUUACAACAGGACUCAUCUGUUCAUGUGUGGCAGCGGAGCUUACAGUCCCGUCUGUGUGUACAUCAAUAGGGGCCGCAGACCAGAGGAACAAGUUUUUCACAUUGACUCGAGGUCCGAAUCUGGAAAAGGGAGGUGUUCCUUCAACCCUCAAGUGAAUACAGUCUCCGUCAUGCUCAACCAGGAGCUGUUCUCAGGCAUGUACAUUGACUUCAUGGGGACAGAUGCUGCCAUCUUCAGGAGCCUGACCAAGAGAAAUGCAGUGCGGACAGACCAGCACAACUCUAAGUGGCUAAGUGAGCCAAUCUUCAUUGACGCCCACCUGAUACCGGACGGAACCGACCCCAACGACUCCAAACUCUACUUUUUCUUCCGCGAGAGGCUGACAGAUAACAGUGGAAACACUAAAAAUAUCCACACCAUGGUGGCAAGAGUGUGUCCAAAUGACAUCGGAGGACAACGCAGUCUGGUGAACAAGUGGACCACUUUCCUCAAAGCCAGGAUGGUGUGUUCGGUUCUGGAGGAAGAUGGCACGGAAACUCACUUUGACGAACUGGAAAGUAUGUUUUUGCUGGAGACCGAUCAGCCCAAGGGCCUGUUGGUGUUUGGCGUCUUCACAUCCACAAGCUCCGUGUUUAAAGGAUCAGCAGUGUGUGUGUACAACAUGGCCGACAUCCUCACCGUCUUCAACGGGCCCUUCGCUCACAGAGAGGGUCCCAACUUUCAGUGGGUGGCCUUCCAAGGACGCAUCCCUUAUCCAAGGCCGGGAACUUGUCCCGGUGGAGCAUUCACACCAGACAUCCAGACAACAAAAGAGUUCCCGGAUGACGUGGUGACCUUCGUACGGAACCAUCCAGUCAUGUUCAACCCCAUCUACCCAGUGGGAAGGAGACCUCUAGUGGUCCGGACCAACGCUGACUACAAAUACACAUCAGUGGCAGUGGACCAGGUCAUGGCUGCAGAUGGCAACUACCAGGUGCUCUUCCUGGGCACAGACAAAGGUACGGUUCAGAAGGUGAUUGUGCUUCCAAGUAACCAUUCCCUGCACGAAGAUCUGAUCCUGGAGGAGCUGGAAGUGUUUAAGAAUCAAGCUCCUGUUACAAACCUGAGAAUAUCCUCCAAAAAACAACAGCUGUACGUCAGCUCCGAGUUCGGGGUCUCUCAGGUCUCCCUGCACCGUUGUCACGCUUACGGCUCGGCUUGCGCCGACUGCUGCCUCGCCAGAGACCCCUACUGCGCGUGGGACGGACUCAGCUGCUCCCGCUUCUAUCCCACCGGCAAAAGGAGAAGCAGACGGCAGGACGUUAUGCAUGGGAAUCCACUCACUCAGUGCAGGGGAUUCAACUUAAAAGCCUAUAGAAACGCAGUGGAGAUGACGCAGUAUGGCGUGAAAAACAACACCACCUUCCUGGAGUGUCUUCCGAAGGCUCCACAGGCCUCUAUCCGCUGGCUUAUUCAGAGGGACAAUGACAGGAGGAAAGAGGUGAAGCUGAGCGACCGUGUCCUCUCCACGGAGCACGGCCUCCUCAUCCGCUCCGUCCAGCUGUCCGACCAGGGCCUUUACUACUGCCUGACCACCGAGAACGGCUUCAAACGCACCGUCGCCAAGAUCCGCCUGCGAGUGCUGAGCGAGGCCAUGGUGAGCGUGCUGACAGACAAACAGCAGUCGCCGUGGGCGUGGGCCAGCUCGUUGCACCCUAAAGUCCUAUUGGCAGCGUUCAGUCCAGCAGAGAGCCUGGCAGUACAACAGUACUGCAAAGAAAGGAAGGCGCUCCAAAACCUCCAGCAGAGGCAGCAGCAACCACAACCGCCCGGACCUCUAAGGGGGGACCUGGCCAAACUGAAGCCCCUGCUGGACCGGAGGAAGAGCCGCAACCGUCGCAAUCACGUCCCUGAGGUCUGACACAGGAGGCAGAGACUGACACAUCCACGCCUUCCUCUGUUUCUAUACCCAGAUCCACAUUUUCCAACUCUCAUCUCAAACUGCAGAGCUGCACCAUGGACGCUCAGUAAAACGAGGAGGUGGGUGCGGGGAGUUGUUUAUUCGGCAGUAUCUCUAUUUCUUGCAUGAGGCACUGUGACCAGAUGGCUGUGACAUACACUAACGCACACUCACAGGCACCCACCAGCCGUUCAUCACAAACUGAAGUGGCCCUGUUAUGAGUGCCCACGAAACAAAAAACAGCGGUCUGAGUCUGAUAUUGCUUAUGAUAAACGCAGCUAUGAUCUUAUCGUACGUUAGAUAUUAGAGGGGGUAACGGUUGGAUUUUAGCACACACACAAAAAAAAGGUCAUUUGAAAUCAUGAUAUUAAAAAUCGAGGAGACAAAAGGGAGACAGAUGCAUGUUUGACAACGGGUGCCCUCUCAAAGUGUUAUACUAGUGUCUUAGUAGAUUCUACUCACAUUUAUAUGUUUACUUUAAACUAACAAAAAUGUCUCUGUUCAGUGAAAAACACUUUUCUCGUCACGGGUUGACAGCCUCACAUGCUGUCUAUAAUAACUCAUACAAAGCGCAGAUGGUAAGAUUUCCCUAUUAAAAAAGUGUUAGAUUCCAGCGCUGUAAGUUACAAACGUGUUAGUUCAAAGGCCAAACAAACAGAAAUAGUAAUAAAAUACUGAGUAGAAUAAGUCUGUGUGAGCUGUUGCAAAUAUCUUCCAUGAUCUCUCCUCAUAUUUAUUCCCAUUAGUCAGACAGUACAUGCUAAACUCAGCUGUGUCAUACAUCUGUUGUUUCUAGCACAGAAGCAUGUUCGUAGAUAUUCAUAACUAACUUAGAGAUCUCUUUAAUGGUUGGUUAGAUUUGAGUAACCAAACUCUAGCAGAUGUGCACAUUUUAGUUUGUGUAAAAACCUAAAAAUAUGGAGUUUACAUCAAGGAGAUGCUGAAACAAUGACAAUAUCCUUCUUUGGAUCCACGUUUUCCACAUCGUCUACAGCGGAAGUGGACAUAUUUUUAAGUCAUUAAUUAUCUGUGAGAUAGACCUUUUGACAUUAUGUGAAUAGACUUGUUUUUUUGCAGCAGCAGCAUGGUUAAUGUAGAUAGAGAUUAUUUGUUGUUUGUGUACAGAGUAUUUUUUUUGUCUGUUUCAUCCUUUUUAAUUUAAUGUUGUGCCAGGUUUUGUUAAAAAAAAAAAACGUGUUUUUUCAUUGUGUAUAUAAUUUCAGCAUAUUUCACCACCUAUGACUGUAUCUGCAAAUUGCGGAGACAUACAGGAUUAUUUUUAUUUGAGAAAAAAAAAGACUUUCUAGCUGUACUUCUUCCCUCAUCUGCUCCACGUUUUAAUAAAACUGUGUGACCGGCAUCAUGUCAGCUUCACGUCACUCGGUGUAAUUUCAGUGUUUAUGAAACGUGUAUUUCUAUUUAUUAAUGUCAUGAUAGCCCGAAUAAAUCUGUUCAGAUGAA